AUGAGGCAAGCUUCGUCUUCUUCUUCUUGUAAUUCAACAAGUUUAACAAACAGACUUAAGACAAUCUUCAAGAAAGCUUAUGAGCUUUCAGUUCUCUGUGCGAUUGAGGUUUGCGUCAUCUACUAUGGACCAGACGGCAGACUGAAGACAUGGCCUAAGGAGAAAGAGAAAGUGAAAGACAUGGCUAUGAGGUAUAAAGAGGCGAGAAAACGCAACAAGAAACGGACUCUCUCGAAACUACAAGAAAGACUUCGUUUUGUUGAGGCGAAGAAACAGAGGAACGCAAACUUGGUUCAUCCGAACCAACAACCCUUGAAUCCUAGCAAGUUCUCGCUGUAUAUGUACAACCAUGAAGAUGCUACCUUCUCCCAGCUCCCACUUUCUGCUUCACAAUCAAACCAACUCCAAUUACCAAAAUCGCUUGAUGAAGCAGGAACCUUAUAGUUAUAGUCAUAACAUGUGUGUGGACAACACAAACUUUCAACAUCCCUACGUCUCAACAACACAAGACUACUCACAGUUACUUCCAGUGCAAGCAUCUGCAGUAAAUAA